GCACGUGGGUGAUGACUCAAGCUUAGCCCCGCCCUCUUAAACAUGGCAUCUCUUAAAGAAAAGGAGAAAGUCCUGCAGGACGAGAUAGAGAAGUUCAAAGACAUCCAGAAAGAUAUACAGAAAUGUGUAUCAAAGAGAAAACAACUGGAAGGACAAUUAACUGAAAACAAGACAGUGAAGGAGGAAAUGGAUGUACUAGAAGAUGAUGCUGUCGUUUAUAAAUUAAUUGGCCCCGCCCUAAUCAAGCAGGAGCUUUCCGAAGCAAAAGACACAGUGGUAAAGAGACUUGACUUCAUUGCUAGAGAAAUCUCUAGUUGUGAAGACCUGUAUAAAGAGUACGAGAAGAAGCAGGAGGGUAUGACUGAGAAACUAGCGAAACUGCAACAAGAGUAUCAGAAAGCUGUCAUUGCAGCUGGCGGCGGAAUGAUGAAAAAAUAACAAUCAUUACCAUAAUUUAUUAAAAAAAUAAUUAAUAACAAGAAUUGUGUCUUAAAUUUCUUUACAUAUAAACUGUAUCAUUAUCUGUAAUAAAUCAA